AUGCCCUCCUCGACCCCACUUACCGCAUUCACCUCACCCUCCCCAUCCAAAUCCCACACAUCCUUCGCUCCAUCCGCCACCCAAUCUCCCAUCACCUUCCUUAGCGACGUCCGCAUGUUACCAUACCCCGUCGCCAAAACCACCACAUCCGCCAACACCACCGCCUCCUUCUCCAACCCCAUAAUCCCCUCCGCACACCUCACCACCUUCACCUUCCCCUCAACAACCAACCACGACGCACCCACAUCAACAUAA